UCUGGAUGUGGACGCAGAGAACCAGAGCUCAGCCUCAUUUCUGCGGAUUUUUGGUUCUGAGGGAGAAGACGAGGCUGGAUCCGGAUCACAGUGAGGGGAGAGACCGAACCGAGCCGAAAAAAGCCGAGCUGAGCCGAACUGAGCCGAAGGAUCAGGAUUACAGACGGAGACAGACAGACAGACCGCCUCAUCUCCUCCUGCAGAGCCGACCCGAGCCAUCCUCCCGGAGAUGCUGUGUUCAGGCUAAUCUGAUCCUGGAUCAGUGAUGUUUGUGUGUCGUCUUUAAGGACUUGUGACGAGGAUCCAUCAUGGCCGCUGUGUGUGGAGCAGUGUUGUCAGCGUGUGUGUUUUUCCUGCUGCUGCCGGCUGUUAAAGGUUUUCAGUCUGAGGAGAGAGAAUGUGCCUUCACAGACAACCCUUCAGUGGUGGACUCUCAGAGUGGACCAGCAAAUGAGCAGAGAGGAAUGGUGCGAGACAACGGCACAGUUCGCUGCAGCCGAGGCUCCCGCUGCUUUGGAUUGUGGGAAAAAAGAGCAGAUGGAGAAAUUCACCUGGUACAGCAAGGUUGUUGGCGUCAUGUGGGUAGCCCGCAGGAGUGUCAUGGCGACCGUUGCCUGUUAACAGCCACGCCCUUUGUGAUCCAGAAUGGCAGCUACAGAUUCUGCUGCUGCAGCCAAGACCUCUGCAACGCCAACUUCACCGAGCCCCUGCCCACCGCUGACAUCAGCGCCCUAAAUCCAAAGAAGACAAACGGGUGGGACAACGGACAAAAAGAUAACCGGGUGCUCAUCGCCCUGGGGACUGUCGCCAUAGCAGCCAUUGUCAUCGUGGCGUUGUUCCUGGGAUACCGAGUGAUGAGAGGGAAACAGAAACACAGUCUCUCCUCUCUGGAUGUGAUGGAGGCCGCUAUCUCCGACUCUGCUGUGGACCUCGAUAAUCUGAAGUUACUGGAGCUGAUUGGUCGAGGUCGUUACGGCACAGUGUAUCGUGGCGCUCUUAAUGAGCGCUGCGUGGCCGUUAAACUCUUCAGUUCCGCUAACCGCCAGAACUACGCCAACGAGCGCUCCAUCUACGCUCUGCCUCUGCUGCAGCAACACGACAACAUCGCACGCUUCCUGAGCGCCGACGAGAGGAUGACCGCUGAUGGACGACCGGAGUUCCUGAUCCUGAUGGAGUACUACCCCCAUGGCUGUCUGUCUCACUACCUGUCCGUCCACACGGUGGACUGGACAACGUGCUGCAGGAUGACUCACGGCAUCACUAGAGGACUGGCUUUCCUGCACACAGAGCUCUACAGAGGAGAUCAGUACAAACCCCCCGUGGCUCACAGAGACGUCACCAGCAGGAACGUGUUGGUCCGGGCUGACCUGUCCUGCGUCCUCGCCGACUUCGGUCUAUCCAUGAGGUUGACAGGUAGCCGGCCCUGUCGCCCUGGAGAUGAUGACACCAUGGCGAUAUCUGAGGUGGGGACGGUGCGGUACAUGGCCCCGGAGGUCCUGGGUGGAGCUCUGAACCUGAGGGACUGCGAGGCGGCGCUGAAGCAGGUGGAUGUUUACGCUCUGGGUCUGCUCUACUGGGAGAGCUUCAGGAGGUGUUCACACCUGUUCCCAGGUGAAGCGGUACCUGAGUACCAACUGGCCUUCCAGGCAGAGCUCGGGAACCAUCCGAGCUUUGAGGAGAUGCAGAUCCUGGUGGCCAGAGAAAAAUACCGACCCAGAUUCCCUGAAGCCUGGAAGGAGAACAGCCUGGCGCUACGCUCCCUCAAAGAGACCAUGGAGGACUGCUGGGACCAGGACGCUGAAGCUCGACUCACUGCUCAGUGUGCCGAAGAGAGACUGGCUGAACUCGUUCUACUGAGUACACAUACCGCCAUACACAACCACAGGAACCUGUCUCAGAGCUGCUGGCCCCCACAGGUUGGCUCCUCCUCUUAUAUCGAGGAUCUCCAGGUUGGGGUGGUAAAGAACCUCCAGGGUGAUGGCCAGGCGUCUUUGGUCAUUAAGACAACAGGAAGUGGAGCUGAAAGUUUUGAGAAGAACAGAAACUCCAUCAACUAUGAACGGCAGCAGGCCCAGAAUCAGGCCAGAUCGUCCAAUCAUGAUGGCAGAGUCACUGUCCUGCCACCCGCCACCCUCCUUUGCAGCAUCUCUGAGUCCGAGCAUGCUGGUGGCGCUGUGCCCAGUGUCCCAGUCUGUCUGCACCUGACAGAAGAAGACUUUGAGGCUACCAAGCUGGACCCUAAAGAGGUUGAUAAAAACCUGAGGGAAAGUUCUGAUGAAAACUUGAUGGAACAUUCUCAGAAACAGUUUGGUUCAACCGAGCCGCAGAAGACCACCCUGCUGUACCAACAGAUGCUGCAGACUGCUGAGGUGAACCCCUCAUCGUUGACCCCAGGGGGUGUUAGUAGGGCAGAUUCCUCUCUCUCCUCCAUCCAUCCCCUUCCCAAACAGCAGAACCUGCCUCAGAGGCCCACCAGCCUUCACCUUCUCCCAAAAACCAAGGAGACCAGCUCGGCCUCUUCUCGUACAAGGCUGGCAAAGCUCAUGUCAAACCACAGGCAGGUGGAAACUGGCGUUGCAAAGAUGAACACAGUGACAGUCGCUCCAGCUGUGGAGCCUCAGAUGGUAACAACCGUCACCAACAACACCAGUACAAGGGCCAGUGGCGUGACUGGGAAUCGAAUGAUGGUGGCCACCACUAGCUACAGCGCAGGUGUUCCUACCUUGGUGACAAAUGGCAUGAUAGGUGGAGGCCGAACCAAUCUGGCAGGCCCUCAGAUGGAGGAGGAGGACAAGGCAGAGGGAGGGAUUAUCGUAGGAGAUGAUAACCGUAUGAACCUGCUGAACUCCAGUCCGGAUGAACACGAACCACUGCUGAGGAGGGAGCAGCCCCCAGCUGAGAGUGAACCCCCUCCUCAGCAGGCAAGAGCUGGAAACAUCCUGUCAGGGAGAGGCUCAAACUCCAACAACAACAACAACAGGAUCGCCUUAAACUCAGACAUGAAGACCCAGGGAAUUCAGGAUACAGCUGAAGUAAUAAUUGGUCCAGAGGGUAACAAAUGUUGGCCAGUCACCAGACCAGAACCUGAGCCUCGCCAGAAGAUCGAUGAAUAUCCUCCUGUCUCCCAAAAUAUGGAUAAUGAAAUUCUGCUUCCUGGUCCUUCAGAAGUUCUUCCAGGCUGCAGGGAUCAAGACUCUGCCUCAACACCAAGGUCAGAAAAAUCUUCGGAAGUGCUUGUUCCAGAGGUUCCAGGAAGUCUAGCUUCAGGGGCACAGGACCAGUCCAACACAGCUUCAACCUCAUCUCCAAAAAGCCUGUUUGUAGGGACCCUUGGUCCAGAAAUUCGAGAUCCAGAAGGUCAAUCCUCAGAUCCAGAAGCUCCAGACACUCUGGUCUUGAGUUCAAAUAUUUCACCUGUAGAAGAUGAAGCUUUGAACGUCACAGAAUCUCAGCAGUUAGACCCUCAACAUCAGAAAACUACAACUCUUACAGACGCUGGAGGGCUACAAAAAUCCACCCCAGGUUUACAGCCUUCUGUUCUGCUGCGGAGUCAAACAGGAACAGCAAAAGCCAAGAGGCCUGAGCGUCCCUGUUCUUUGGACUUAUCCACAACCUGCAUGUCUUCAGAUGAUGUUUCUCUGACUGAUGACAGCACUCUCAGCGCUUCAGGAGAGAAAAUCAAACGCCGUGUAAAGACUCCAUAUACCCUGAAAAAAUGGCGCCCGGCCUCGUGGGUUGUUCCAACAGAUACAGUCUUUGACCCCGACUUUGAGUUCAACACCAGUGACAGUAGCAGUAUUCAGACCCACUUUUCCUCUGGUCCUGUUAGAGCUGGAAGCUUUGGUAUGCCUAAAAUUAAUCAGUCAAAAUCCAGCAUGGCCGUCUUUUUGGUUGGAGGCGGAGCCACGGCAACCACAACCUCCGAGCCUGAUGGAAUGACCUGCUUCUGAAACUGUGUGACUUAAGUUGUUUUUUUUUGUUUGUUUUUUUUAAAGAGCUGAUUCUUUCUUACUUCUUUGUCUUCCUUUCCUUUUAUACCUGUUGUGAAAAAUCCAGACUUUGUGCUGCAUCCUUCCUGAGGAUUAAGGGGACCUUUGCCCCACCCACAACCCUCACCAGAGGGAAAUAGAGAGAGUGACCAACAGUGCUACAAAGCUGCAUCAUAAUUUACGAUGGAUGUCCUGGGACAUGCCAUGAACUCUUUAAGAAGGGUUGUCAUCGAUUGGCCGUCCUUUAACCAUUAGACCUCCAGCUUCAGGCUUGAUUCUCUUAGAAUAACACGUGUCUAAGGCUUCAGAAGGAGAGGACUACUUUCAUACGUCAUGUCUAGGUUUUGGUUCGUGCAUCGGUCAGUUCUUGUCAGUGUGCUCUUGAUCUGGCCAUGAUGCUAACAGCCGGAUUGUCUCUGAAAGGGUGAAGUCCACAUGUGCCAUCUACUGGCCACAGCCAUUAUCAUGAGUUACACACAUGCACCUGGUGCAUCAUGGGUAGACUUUCAUUUCAGCAGGCAUGUUAACAAGUGAGGGCUUUCAGAGUGCCUGUAUUGGCACCUCAUGUUCAUACCUGGUGGACCUCUGGGGUCCCAUGGGCCAGCGAUGGAUGGUAGACACAGCUGGUGAAUGAUGGUAGUGCUGCUCAUCCAAGGGUUUUUCAUUCCUGUACUCAUGGCUCCCCUUGUAGGGUCUUUUGGUUCAACCAGUUUCCUGUGGAUUUGUCUCUAACCUUAUAUGAGAACUAACCCUCCUUAAGGCCUGGUUUAUACUUCUGCAUCAAAUCAGUGCUGUCAUGAGUGCUUCAUACUUGUGUGAUAGGGCCUCCUUGUUGAUUUGCCUAAAUACUUCUUGGUCAUUUUUACGCCAGUUCCUGGUCCUGGCCCAAACCGUGGCUGCUGAAAGUGAAUGCAUUCUGAUGGAUCUGAAAUGAUAAAUGCUGAUAAUCAGUUGAUUCUACUGAUGUUAUUGAUAAGAAAAAGGAGGAGACGGAAGUGCAGCAGCUAAAUCAGCUGAGACAGGGGAGGUAGGCAGGACGUAUCAUCGCAUUCGUCAGGCCACAGGUGGAGCACAGGUGGAGCACAGGGCUUCCUCUGGGCUGAUGGUAACAGCCUGGGACCAGAAGCUGAAGGUUGACCUGGACCACAGCGUGAGGACAACCUUCAGUCCAAGUCUGGUCUUAACAUCAGUGGCAUCCAAACAGGUGGUCAUAGUGGAACUCACUGUACCCUGACCAAGUGUCCAAUGGUCAGUCUUUCCAUUGGACACUUAGACUUCAGGGAUUCAGAGGACUGCAAGAAAGAAGAGCCACCAGGAACAUCCUGGAAGCCACAGAGAUAGCUUCGAGGUGGCUGUGGAUCAGGAGGGAUGGGGCACACAAGCCGGGAUCUGCUCAGCCCCGGCUGGGUCGCCCACUGGAGGGUAUAUGAUGAUCUAAGACAUGAAACCCCCUGUGACCCUGGGUUCAUCACUGAUGGCAUUAAUCUCCUAGCAGAGUACACACUGUCUGCAGACAUUACUCAGAGACUGGCAGUCAGCAGUGCUACUCAGCCCAGGGCUGGGGUCUGCGUCGGUUUGAUGCAUAGUUAUAUUUUUGAUGAGGUGCACGUCCGUGUAGGAGGCGGCGCUGUGGCGUAGAUUUGAUACAGAAGCUUCAUUUUGAAAAAAUCUUUGUUUUUCAUGCGUUUCAUAAAUAUUUGGUUGUGUGUGUGACUGUAGUAAGUAGAAAUGUUUGGAAGCAUACAUUACUUAUAUCUUAAGGCACUUUAGAGUUCAUGUUAUUUAGAGCACUACUGCCCCAUACCAAGGACACCAUGUGCUAGAACAGUCGUCACAGUGUCCCCCUUUAAGGACAUUUAUUCUGUUUUAGUGUGUUUGUCUCAGAGCAGUGUUUGGUUUCAAUUACUAAGCCAGUUUUGCUUUAAGCCUUUACUCUAGCUAUGCAGUCAGCUCAUGGCGCCUCCUCCAUGAGUUUGGCUAAUUUAUCUAAAGAUCGUCUUUAUAACUGUUGGAGGACCUUGAUUCUUGUAAUUUGCACUUUAUUUUAUGAAGUAGUCACAACUUCCUGCUACUGCCAUGUUUGGGCUGAAAGGACAGAGGAUAAAGAAGUUUAAAAAAAUGUAGGAUAUGAAAAUAGAGAUAAACCACGUUUAAACCAUCAGACUCCUGACGGCAGAACCUCGGCCAAGAACAACCUCCUCAGGUCCCUUUAAAUCGGUCCAUUUCAGAGAAGAAGAAAAACAGCAGACAGAACAGGCUGUAAAGAUUCCAGAGCUGUGCUGUCUCUAGGACCGGUACGCUGGUUUUUGCUGACCCUCUGUCCUGUCCUACCCUCCCUCGCUGCUGGGCUCCUUCCUUUUUGAAGCACCUGAAGAUACUCCAUGAUUAGACUGAGUUACCUGAUCAGAUUCUCAGAUAAGUGAAAGAAUAAAUACUGUAGGAAAUACUAGGAUCACUCUAUAAAAACAUGUUAGAACCUGAUCAGAACAUCACACAUGGUCAGUAUUAAAUGUUCUCUCUUCCCUUUGAGCAUACAUCAGCAUUUUUUGUGAUUGUCAGUGGGUUGAAUGCCUCAUAACCACACUGAAGUGACUGAAUUAGAUAAAUUUCACCGAAAAGACUUGGUCUACAGGAAGUAGUUCAGCAGCAUCAGCAGUGAUGAGAGGUGGUUCUCUGAUUGGUGGAUCACUUCUGUGGUGUUUAAUAGAACAGCGUUUCAUUUCUGUCUACUAAAGCUGCAGUAAAACGCAGACAGGCUGUCAUAAAGCAGUCCUGAAAGAGCUUUUACCCUGGUCUAUGUGAAAGCUGGAACAGUUUGAUUCAAUUCAGCAUUUAAAAGACCCAGAGCACUUUACUUUAACAAAACCCAUGAAAAGAGGAGCUGGUCACACAUGAGGAGAACAUUUAUUUACUUUAGAAAAGUCACUUGAACUGUGUAAGUUCCCUUCAUGGUAAGCCUGCGUCUGUGCUGUAGUUGUGAUGUUGUAGAAGAAUUUUUAAAAUGUUCGUUUUUAAAUGAAGCUCAGUGUGGAAUUUAACCUGAAAAAGGAGAGCUGAAGAUGAAGAGGGAACUGAGGGUAUGGACUGACGUCACUGUGUGGCUCUCCCGCUCAGUCAGGCUGAGGGGCAAAACAUUCUGGCCGUUUUCGAAUUCGCCUGCUAUACUAGCAGUGCGUACCGAUCUGCCCCACAAUGUAAAGCGCUGGGUCAGAGUUCGUAAUGGCAGAGAGUGGCGAAACUUUCAUUGGGGUGGCUGACGGUUACAAAUGGAAGUGCCAUUACUUUUGAUCUUUACCUUUUUAACAUGUACUAAAGCGAAAUAAGUUGUAAUAGGAUCUCUGUUGUUUUUGUUUUGCUGUUACGGCUCGUAACGGCCAGGAAGGUGCUAUCAGGUGUGUCCUUUCACUGCACUAUACAUGCUAAGCUAAAAACAACACCUAUAAAAAUCCAGAAAAAUCAAAUAAAAACACUUCCCAGAUUUUUUCUGUAUGUGAAUGGAUGGAAAACACUGUAGCGUCACUUAAUAUUGACCAGGGUAUGAUGUACUUCUGUAUACUGGAAACCAGUUAAACUGGGCCAAGCAUAUUACACAAUAACAUCCGACUGGCAGUCAUACUGCAUACUACUGUUGAACGCAGAACGCAGUAUGCAUUGCAGAACACAUACUGCAUACUGCAUUUGGCAGGAGUAUGCAGUAGGCAAAUUUGAAAACGGCCUCUGUCUCUGUUUUUACUGGUGAGACUGGGAGGAAAACAGACCAAUUUCCACUUCAGUGAGGGAUAAUUAGACUCAGCAGAGGUCCACACUGUUAAAUAAAGACUUGGUGGGGUGUAGACGUUGAUAAUUGGACAUACGGGACAUUUCCUGAUAUUUAAGAACACAAAGAGCCUGAAGGCUCACACCAGCCCGCUCCAUCAGUGAUGGAUGUGAAACUGGAUUCAUGUGGAGGUCCGGGGUUACAACCAAGCAGUAGAUCAGCUGUUUCUCCAGAUUUCAUUUGCUUCUCCUGACUUUAUCUCAUAAAUUGGUGCAUCUUUCAAAAGGAGAUCAACAUACCCGGGCUUUAUUUCUUUAGCUAGCUCAGUUUUAUCACCUGUUAAACCGUCAUCAGCUCCAGUUUAUUAAAUGUGACAAUGCAGACAGUAAAGCUCUAAAGGUCCACACUGUGCCCUCAGCACAGACUAUUGAAUACGUUAACUUCUGGUAGAAAUACCUGGAAAUAACUCCAGUUAAACAAAAUUAGCUUCUAACAGCUGCUGUAUUGAAUCUGAGAUAAAUAUCAGCGGACUUGGCGGUUUUUAGUGUUUCUGGAUGAAACCAGCCGUGUUGAUCAGACAUGGUGGGUUUUCUGUUCAGAGAUAAAACAUCUAUUGUCCUUACAUGCCUUUUAAACAGGUUUUAUUUAUCAAUAUGUGAAAUUCAUCCACAAAAGUGAAACACUGGUUUACUGUACCUUCAGUUUUUAUUGAAGACACUUAAGUUAAAGACACGAGUGGAGCACGUCACCCUUCAUCAUCACGCACUAUCACUCUUAGAAUAAAAAAGUACCAAUCCUCAGCCCGGUGGGUUUAGUGGAGACGUAGAUUACAGAUUUAAAGAAGAGAUAGAUGUCUAAAUGUGCAGGAGUUUAUGCACACGUCCUGCAGACAGGUGCCUCUCAAAAAAGUUGGUAUUUUCAGCAGACCUGCGGCUGUUUUCACUCCCUGAUUUCUGUCACUAGUAUGAAAGUUUUUCCACUCGGCGCUGCAGAGACUAGGCUGCCUGAGACGUCAGGUUCAUAGCCUUUAUUAAACUGUGGUAAUUCUGCGUUUUCCUUCACCACCCCCUCUAUGAAUAAGAUAUCAAAUAUGUUAUUGUAUGGUAAGAUGCCUUCUAAUAUGUUUUUUUAAGUUUUGUAUUUGGUGCAUUUUCUACUGUUUCUACUGUUUUUAGAUAUGCUAACGUGUACAGACAUGUCCUGAGAAGUUUUUGUUUCUCAUAUGAAUGAAGGCCGAUCUUAGCGACCUAGCGAGCUAACGUAGCAACGUGGCUAAGCACUAAUGUCAGAUACUUACUGUUUUUAGGUGGGUAGCACUAAAACCACAGAGACAUAACUGUAAAAUAAUCCCAUUUUAAUCACAGGAUGUUAACUGAACGAGGUGACCCACAUGGAUUUUGGUAAUUUUUCAAAGAACCAUGUUUACUGAUAAGAAUUUAUCUGUUAGCUUGUACCAAUUCAGCUAACUCCUGUGUAGCUAGCUCUGGUUUAGUCCAGGAAACUUUAAAACUCUUUUACUAAAGUCUACUAAUAAAUAUUUUACAGUUCUGUUAGUACAGCUAACCGUGGUUUAGCUAGAUAAUUUAAACCAAAGCUGUUGUUAAGCCAACAUUUUUAGUGGGAAUGCACGACUUAAGCUAGUAUCAGGAGAUACUAGCUUAAGAAGUGAACUAUCUGUAUCCACAGAUAUGAACCUUUCUGCAGGUCUUUAAACCCAUACUUUGGCUCUAAAAUUCUGCCACUAUCAGCGCCAAACAUUGGCCAUAAUAACAAAUAAGAAAGUGGACUCUGUUUGAAAUUUCAGGUCUGAAUUACACUAAAAUAUCCGGCUGAGAUUGAUGUGUAAACAUCAGGAUAUCAGAUAUCAGCAGAAACCCAGUAUCGUGCAUCCCUACUUUUAAAUCUGGUUUGGCUAACUGCGGUUAAGCUAGCUGGCACCGUAAACUUCCUGUCAGCAUUUAUGCUUCACCAGAUAACAAGAUAACAUCCACGGUGUUUAGUCUCAGUAAGAAACAAGACAUCACUAUACUUCAUUCACACUUGUAUGGAUUUUGACCAACGUGGACAGUAUACCUUUAAAAGUAUCUGAAACAGCCGUCAUGUUUAAGCUUGUUUGUUUGCACCUUUCUUGGCAAGUUUGCACCUGUUUGUGUCUUUGUUUCUUAAGAAGCUAAGCUGACUGGUUUAAGGUGAAAACGGCCAACAGCCGCUCAGGUGUUAUCCAAGCUGUGUCCAAAACCACAUCCUAUCCCACCGUUCAGCCUAAAUGUGACAGAACUUUGAGUAACUAGAACGUUCUGAACCCCUAGUAGAAAUAUUGUGUAUCUGAGAAAUGCUCAGGUGUUUCUGGAUUAAUCUAAGUCUUAAAGUACGAAACUGGCGCUCAGUGGUCAGACUAAACCAUCCCAUUAUAACCUACAGCUCUCACUACCAGCAGUGGAGCUCACUGACCCAUAAUAGAAUGCCAGAUAAAGUUCCAAACCAUAACCAUAUGAGCUUCAACAUAGCCUCCAACAUUCAAGGGAAUGUAUUUCUGAGAGACUUCUAUGAAGCUCUGGGCCCAGAGCAGAAAUAACUCUUGGACCACAUGUGGUGUGUAAUGGCCGAACGUAUGAGGUUCCAAUCAAAGCUGCAGAUUCUUUACCAUAACCUUUGGUAUCAGGGGGCUUUCUCCUGAAACCCUUGGUCCAGAUCAUAGUUGGUCUAGUCUUAGAUGAAACCCUUGGUCCAGAUCAUAGUUGGUCUAGUCUUAGAUGAAACCCUUGGUCCAGAUCAUAGUUGGUCUAGUCUUAGAUGAAACCCUUGGUCCAGAUCAUAGUUGGUCUAGUCUUAGAUGAAACCCUUGGUCCAGAUCAUAGUUGGUCUAGUCUUAGAUGAAACCCUUGGUCCGGAUCAUAGUUGGUCUAGUCUUAGGUGAAACCCUUGAUCCAGAUCAAAGUUGGUCUAGUCUUAGAUGAAACCCUUGAUCCAGAUCAAAGUUGGUCUAGUCUUAGAUGAAACCCUUGGUCCGGAUCACAGUUGGUCUAGUCUUAGGUGAAACCCUUGGUCCGGAUCACAGUUGGUCUAGUCUUAGAUGAAACCCUUGAUCCAGAUCAAAGUUGGUCUAGUCUUAGAUGAAACCCUUGGUCCGGAUCACAGUUGGUCUAGUCUUAGAUGAAACCCUUGGUCUGGAUAAGAGUUGGUCUAGUCUUAGGUGAAACCCUUGGUCCGUAUCAGAGUUGGUCUAGUCUUAGGUGAAACCCUUGGUCCGUAUCAGAGUUGGUCUAGUCUUAGGUAAAACCCUGGGUCUGGAUCAUAGUUGGUCUAGUCUUAGGUGAAACCCUUGGUCCGUAUCAGAGUUGGUCUAGUCUUAGGUGAAACCCUUGGUCCGUAUCAGAGUUGGUCUAGUCUUAGGUGAAACUCUUGGUCUGGAUCAUAGUUGGUCUAGUCUUAGGUGAAACUCUGGGUCUGGAUCAUAGUUGGUCUAGUCUUAGGUGAAACCCUUGGUCCGUAUCAGAGUUGGUCUAGUCUUAGGUAAAACCCUGGGUCUGGAUCAUAGUUGGUCUAGUCUUAGGUGAAACCCUUGGUCCGUAUCAGAGUUGGUCUAGUCUUAGGUGAAACUCUUGGUCCGGAUCAUAGUUGGUCUAGUCUUAGGUGAAACUCUUGGUCCGGAUCAUAGUUGGUCUAGUCUUAGGUAAAACUCUUGGUCCGUAUCAGAGUUGGUCUAGUCUUAGGUGAAACCCUUGGUCCGUAUCAGAGUUGGUCUAGUCUUAGGUGAAACUCUUGGUCCGGAUCAUAGUUGGUCUAGUCUUAGGUGAAACCCUUGGUCUGGAUCAUAGUUGGUCUAGUCUUAGGUGAAACCCUUGGUCCGUAUCAGAGUUGGUCUAGUCUUAGGUGAAACUCUUGGUCCAGAUCAUAGUUGGUCUAGUCUUAGGUGAAACUCUUGGUCCGGAUCAUAGUUGGUCUAGUCUUAGGUGAAACCCUUGGUCCGUAUCAGAGUUGGUCUAGUCUUAGGUGAAACUCUUGGUCAGGAUCAUAGUUGGACUAGUCUUAGGUGACACCCUUGGUCCGGAUCAUAGUUGGUCUAGUCUUGGUAGGGGUCUGGCUCUGUAGUUGUUCAGAUUUGGCUCUCCUGUGGUGGUGGUCUGAAUGCGGUCCACAUCGUUGCUCUUCUUUUGGCCCAUAUCUCAACCAAAUCUGACUUCUAGCUUAUUUGGACAAAUCCCCGUUUGUGACAGGCCUUGAAUCGGGGCAUACCCAUGGAAAUCCAUCCCAGAAUGGGGCUUAAAGUAUUCUAGCGUGCGGCCAGCCUUAGUUGACGAGAAGAACCUCAGUCGUCUGACUCAGCUCGUUUGCUCUAAGUGAUGGUGGAGCAGCAUGCUAACAGCUGAGCAUGCAGUAUGUUAAAGCAGUAGUAGUAUGUAGUAUGUGGUUUCAGACACAGCCGUCAUGAUUAAACACUGAACUGGAAACGUGCCAGAAAGCGUCUUUCCUGGAGGAUUAUCCCUUUAAAGUCAUUAACUGUAGCUUAUAUAUAGUCACAUGAAUAUAUGUCAUUGAAUACAUGAAGCCUGCUGCAUGAAAUACCACAGCACUCAAACUUUAUUUGAAUAUAUUUUUGUGUGUUUAGCUGCCAGAACAUGAUCCUAGCAGUGUUUAAAUGUAGACAGAUGCAGUAACGGCUGCCACAGCCAACGCUCCACGCUGUACAGAAACAGUUGAACUGUGGUUUGCCCUCAGCUUCCUGAUGAUUCCUGGACAUUUGAGUCCCUUGUUCUGUGGAUAAAUAUUCUGUAUAUUUGUUUGAUUAUUACUGUCUUUUUACCUGUGAUAGUUCCGACUCUCCAGUGGUGUAAAUACUUACUAUGAACACAUUAUACUUUCAUAUGGGACCAACAGUUAGUGUUGUAUUCAUCUUUCCUCCUUCUAACCCAUUUAUCUGUACAGUACUCACACCACGCAUGAUGAGAAAUCCUUCAGAUAGACAUCAACCUUUACACUUCAGACUUUCAUCCCAACAUGCUGUAAAUCCAUGUAGAAGAAGAAGCAACACACACUUUGCUUCAUGAAAUAAAGUUCAGAGGAUCCUGUG